CUCGUCCCACCAGGAGAAUGAACCAGAUCAAGAACUAGUUCUUCUAUGUAUACUUAUGCUCGAGUUCGCCCUACCUGGCAAAAGAGAACGAGAUCAUUGUUAUUGCAUCAAGGACAUCACUGAAGUUCUGGACAUUGUUUCAUUGGAUCAUUCAAUCAUGGUCGUACUGUCUUCGGCGUCGGUAGAUGCCCACAGAAGUGUGACAUCGAAGCCUGAUGGUGCGAUGCCUACACUGCAUUUCCCGUUGACGAAGACUACUCUGCUCAAGCGCCGCAAAUUCUUUUACGCGAUCGGCAAUACGCGCGCGACCAACAUUUUCAUACGCCAUAGGAAUCUGCAGAGUUGCCCCAUUUUCGAAACGGGUUCUUGGCAAACUGGAAACGAUGUCACAAGGGAGUCUGAAAUUGCAGCGAUGGGCGUAAGCGCCCGCC